AUUUGGAAAAAAAGAGAAAAGAAAAGAAAAUCUCCAUUAACACAUAACGUGAAAAGAGAGCGAAAUCUGUUGAGACGAAUUCCCAAACCCCCCUGGUAGUGGUGGUGUGCGUGCGAAUUCUCUAUCAGGGAAUGGUGUUUUGAGAAUCAAGGCGGUGGCGAGAUGUCGUCGGGAGGCGAGUUUGGCGAUCGCGCUGUGUUAUUGCGGUCAAAUUCAUCCGAAUCCGAAGGCGAUCUGGAGCGGGGAGGCGCGCUGUCCCCGGCCAGGAAUAGUAAUACCAGCAAUAAGGGGUGUUUUCCGUCGGAUCUCUUGAAGCGUUUUGAUCGCGGAUUGUCGGGUUCGGGGCGUAGGUUGAGCGUCAAGCUCCGGCCUGAUAGGGAGCAUCAUCGGCUUUCCUCUUCUUCCCCUUCUUCACCUGCGCCUUCAGAUCACGGCGUUAGUGCCAAUGCCGCUGCCGCUGAUGAUAUUCUAACGGAAAGUGCGCCGCCGGAGUGGGCGUUGCUGCUAUUUGGAUGCCUCCUUGGGGUUGCUACGGGACUUUGUGUCGCUGCUUUUAACCGUGGGGUUCAUGUAAUACAUGAGUGGGCGUGGGCUGGUACACCAAAUGAAGGUGCUGCUUGGCUUCGGCUACAAAGGCUAGCUGAUACUUGGCACCGUAUACUUUUGAUACCAGUCUUGGGCGGAGUAGUUGUGGGUGUUUUGCAUGGUCUUCUUGAAAUUAUGGGUCAGAUAAAGCAGUCCACCUCUUCUCAAGGACAACGCUUGGACGUACUUGCAGCAAUCUUCCCGAUGGUGAAGGCAGUCCAGGCUGCUGUAACUUUGGGUACUGGCUGUUCUUUGGGUCCUGAAGGUCCUAGUGUUGAUAUUGGAAAAUCAUGUGCUAAUGGAUUCUCAGUAAUGAUGGAAAGCAAUAGGGAAAGGAGAAUUGCUCUUGUUGCUGCUGGAGCAGCUGCUGGAAUUGCUUCAGGUUUCAAUGCAGCCGUUGCUGGGUGCUUCUUUGCCAUUGAAACAGUUUUGAGGCCUCUCCGUGCUGAAAACUCUCCUCCGUUUACAACAGCAAUGAUAAUAUUGGCCUCUGUUAUCUCAUCCACUGUAUCAAAUGCUGUGCUUGGGGAUAUGCAGACUUUCACAGUGCCCACGUAUGAUUUGAAAUCUGCUGCUGAGCUACCCUUGUACCUUAUAUUGGGGAUGUUAUGCGGAGUAGUAAGUGUGGUUUUCACGCGCUUGUUGGAUUGGUUCACUAAGGCAUUUCAUUUCAUCAAAGAAAAAUUUGGGAUUCCAGAUGUAGUCUGUCCUGCUUUGGGAGGUUUAGGAGCUGGGCUGAUAGCUUUAAGGUAUCCUGGAAUAUUGUAUUGGGGUUUCACUAACGUCGAUGAAAUUUUGCAUACUGGAAAGACUGCAUCGGCUCCUGGAAUCUGGCUUCUAGCUCAAUUAUCUGCAGCAAAAGUUGUUGCCACUGCUCUAUGUAAGGGGUCUGGCCUUGUAGGUGGCUUAUAUGCCCCAAGUUUGAUGAUUGGUGCUGCUGUUGGUGCAGUAUUUGGGGGCUCCGCUGGAGAGCUUAUUAAUUCUGCUAUUCCAGGAAAUGCAGCCAUUGCUGAGCCACAGGCCUAUGCACUGGUGGGAAUGGCUGCAACAUUAGCCUCUGUUUGUUCAGUACCUUUAACUUCAGUUCUUCUUCUCUUUGAGCUGACUAAAGAUUAUAGAAUCUUGCUUCCCCUCAUGGGGGCAGUUGGAUUAGCAAUAUGGGUACCCUCUGUGACAAUUCCUGCAAAGGAGACAGAGGUAUCAGAUACAAAGAGUACUGCACGAGGUUAUCAUGUUGUUUCACCAUCUGAAGGCGAAAAUGAGGGUAUCUGGAGACAAGCUGGUGAAAGGGAUGAUAUAGAACUCUCGCUUAUAUGCACCUCCAGUAACUAUCAACCAACAGAUAUUGAUAUUUUACUGGAAACUACGAAGGUUGCUCAGGCUAUGUCAAACAAUUAUUUGAAAGUUUCUCUAACCCAAACUGUGAGAGAGGCUCUAAACAUUAUGCGAGAUGGUCAGCAACAUUGUGUCCUUGUUGUUGAUGCUGAAGAUUCUUUGGAAGGUAUUUUGACACACGGGGACAUAAGAAGGUGUUUAUCCCAAAGAUCUAGUGAUGCUUCUGUCAGUGAAUCAGGAGAUGUAAACACAUGCACUGUUUCCUCUAUUUUCACUCGGGGGAUAAACUAUCGUGGACGGGAGCGUGGACUUUUGAUUUGUUAUCCAGACACUGAUCUGGCAAUGGCCAAGCAGCUAAUGGAGGCUAAGGGAAUCAAACAAUUACCUGUAAUUAAGCGUGCUGAAGAUGCUCAAAGAGAAAGAAAACGCAGGGCUGUGGCUAUUCUUUAUUAUGAUUCGAUCUGGAGUUAUCUCAGAGAUGAACUCAAUCAUCAUCUGAAGUCGGUCAACCCACAGGAAGAUGAUUCUGUGAAGAUGAUAACAAACGGCCAUCAAUGACAUGAGACCAUCUAUAAUCAGCCAUGAAAAUUUCCCAAUGUGCCUGGGCCAAGGUACCUGAAGUUCUUAUGAUGGAAUCUUAUUUUCCGCUGCGGUUUUGUAUCACAAGGGCGCAUAGGGAACACAUCAUGUUUGCUUCUUCUUGUGUUGAGGAUAGAUUUAUGGCAAUGAUUGAUGUUCCAACACUUACCUUAGGUGUAAUCUAGAACACGCUUAUUGUACAUGAUAUUUUCCGGCAGUUUAAAUGUCAAUUGAAGGAGUUACACACAAAGGGAAAAUCGAGACAGAAAAUACAAUACUAUUCAUGACAGGAAAUUUGAAGGGGUUUUUGUGAGUGCCAUCUCUGAAAUCUGGAGCUAUCUAGAUUCUUAUCCAAGAUCCCAUGUCAACAUUGUAAUAUACGUUCUGCAAGCUUCUGUAUAACAUACUUCCCUCUUGUAAUGACUGCCCUUCAAAAAUUUCAUUGAAGUUUGAGUUGUUAUUUUAUAACAUA